AUGGCUGAGGAAGGUGAAGUACAGGAAGUCCCUGUAGAGACCACUGCGGCCGAAGAUCCCGCACAGCAGACGGAGGAGGUUCCGAGCGGAGACGCGUCCGCGCCAGCUGGGGAAGGGGCUGGCGCAGCUCCGGAGGCGGAGGCGGUUGAACAGACCCCGGCAGCUGACCCUCCUGAGGGACCUCCCGACCCGGGCGAUCAGGGAGCGCAGGAAGGAAGCCCUGCGCCGCCUAGUCCAGAAGGCCAACAGGCGGCGGCGGAACCUAAUGGGGAAAGCGCAGUCCAACCAAUUCCAGAACCAGGAGCGAAGGAGGGAGAGAAUGUCAUCCCGACAGAGGGAGAACCUGAAGGAGGUGCUGCACCGCUCUCUGAAGCUGUUCCUCAGGAGGUGGAAUCGGGAGACACUCCUGCCAUUAGCGCAAGUCAACAGGAAACCGGCGAGGCUACUCACGCCUCUACCGUCGGAGGACAGCCAUCGGUUGCAGAGGACGAGGCGUCCUCACUUGGAAAGGGAGAGGAAGAGGAGGACAGUGGGGUCACUGACACUACAUCUCAACAGCCGGAGGACGAAGAAGACACAGCGAGUGCCGCGGAGCAGACCACAGAGCGCGGGUCCGCGGAGAGCACAUCCGUCCACACACCAGAGGACGAGAGCACGUCAGACCGGUCCUCGGCAGAGGAGGCGACCACGCCUGGCUCGGCGGACAGCGGCGGCCGCAGCAGUCUGACGCGUCUGGUGGAGCGCAGCAACCUGGAGCAGCAGCACCGCGCGCUGCUGCUGCUGCGCCGCCAGCUGCUGGCGCGCAACCAGCGUCUCCAGCAGCGGCUCAGCCAGCACUUCAGCCGCAAAACGGACGACGCCGCCGAGCGCGUGGAGAAGAACGUGGGCGAGCUGGAGGCGCGCUACAGCCGCUACCUGAACGGCAUCCGCGAGCAGCAGCGCUUCACCGACGAGGAACGCGAGCGGCGCCAGCAGGAGCUGGCCGCCUUCCGCGCCCAGGUGGAACAGCAGAGCGAGCUGGUGGCCUCCGCCUACGCCGAGGUGGUGGACCUGCGCAGACAGGUGGCUCUCAAGUCGCGCAGCAGCCGUACUGGACGGCUAAUGGCUGCCUCAGAGGUGGAGGCGCUCAUCAGCCGCGAGCAGCAGAAGGAGGUCGAGGUCCAGGAGGCGCGUCUGGAGAGCCUCCGCCGCGAAACGCGCCUUAACCGUCUGGAGCAGACUCUGCGAGAGAGCGAGGAGCUCGCUGGCGGCAUCCACCUGAUCGACUUCGAGCAGCUCAAAAUCGAGAACCAGACGUACGCCGAGAAAAUCGAGGAGCGCAACGAGGAUCUCACCAAGCUACGGAGGAAGAUCAGCAGCACGGUGCAGAUCCUGACCCACCUGAAGGAGCGCAUCCAGUUCGAGCAGACGGAGAACACGCGCCGUCGGGAGCACCUGGAGACCGUGUCGGCAGAGGUCACCCACGGCCGAGAGAGCCUGGCGCAGCUCAAACAGCGCCGCGACCAGGUGCGCAACCGGACGGCCAGCCAGCGCGCCACGGCCGGCCUGCUCGGCCACGAGGCGCUCCUCCGCGACUUCGAGGCGCGGGUGGACGAGGAGGCGCGCCUGGUGCGCGAGCUGCAGACGCUGAAGAAGGAGUACGCCGACCACCAGCGGAUGACGCAGGAAAUUCGACAGACGGUGCGCGCGCGCAAACAACAGCAGCACGACAAACGGCACAGGUCGGCCAGCAAACACUGA